UUCGCUCACAGGUUUCAGAGUAUAAAAAGGCAACAGGCCAAAGAGAGCGCACUCCGCUUUUGGCCGAGUUGGCAGCUGAAGGAGAGUGCUCGGAGCCCAGCUCUGUAUCCACGGACCGACCUCACCCAAGUUCUCUAGGAGCAGUUACUUAGACGCUGCACUCCUUAUGGGGAUCCUUAUCUCCAUCUUCAGGCGAGGCCAUCGGAAGAAGGCAGUGAUGGGUGCUCGCACCUCCACGACGUCCCGCAGCUCAGUGUCUGCAGUGGACACAGUCACUGUCAGUGUGGCGCGGGGGCAACCAGUGCCGGCCACGACACACAGCUGUGUCCUGAACUACAGCACAGAGAAGACGGUGUUGAGGGCCCUGGGAGAGAGCGGGCAAGGGAUGGCCAAGCAGGAGGAAGUCCCCACAGUCACAGGGAAGAACGAUGACCAGAGAAGUGGCCCCAAUGACACCGGGGGCGCACGAUCUGCAUUUAGGUCCCUGGGGGGCUCUUUCUUCGUGCCCAGGCCUGGACCUCUGCAGAGAGACCUCCACGCCAAGUGGGCAGAGGACAGAUCCGCCAGGAAACUGCAGACCACUUGUAUGAGCUCCUGCCCCCAAAGAAACGCCAUCACGAGCUCAUAUAGCUCCACCCGAGGUUUCCUGCCAGUGAAGAGAAGGAGGGAUCCCGCCAUACCGCAAGGGCUGCCCCAGAUGUCUGCAAAGACAGGGCGCGAGGAGGGUCCUCCAUCGCCCUCUGCAGCUCCGGUGGUUUCCCAGAGGAAAAGCCAGCCUGACAAAAAUGCAGAGGCAACAAGAGGGCAGAAAAGGCCCUGGAGGAACGGCUCCCGCACACCUGACAGUCCCAGGCCCCGAAAACGCAGGAUUCUUCUGCUGCUGCUCAGGCUAGGGGAGCCUCUGUGGCCCCAGACCUCUUGUAUGAGCUCCUGCCCCCAAAGAAACGCCAUCAAGAGCUCAUAUAUCUCCACCCGAGGUUUCCUGCCAGUGAAGAGAAGGAGGGAUCCCGCCAUACCGCAAGGGCUGCCCCAGAAGUCUGCAAAGACAGGGCGCGAGGAGGGCCCUCCAUCGCCCUCUGCAGCUCCGGUGGUUUACCAGAGGAAAAGCCAGCCUGAAAAAAAUGCAGAGGCAGCAAGAGGGCAGAAACGGCCCUGGAGGAACGGCUCCCGCACAUCUGACAGUCCCAGGCCCCGAAAACGCAGGUUUCCUCUGCUGCCCCACAGGCGAGGGGAGCCUCUGAUGCUGCCCCCAGCCCCUGAGCCGGGUUUCCGGGUCACUGCCGAAGACCUAGACUCGGAGAAGGAAGCAGCGUUUCGGAGCAUCAACAGUGCGCUGCGGGGUGAGACCUAUGCCAUCAGGGACCUGGGCAGCUCUCCCCAGCAUAGGAGCCUCCAGGUGCUGGAGACCUUCCCUCCUGAGAUCCAGGUCUUCAUGAAGGACUCCAGUGGCCAGGGCAAGCCUUACGCCAUUGACCCUGAUGACUCCAUCCACGACUUGAAAGAGAAGGUUGAAGAGGCUGGAGGACCUUACAUGGAGGGUCCCGGGGCCAGAAACUGUGGAAUCAAUAGCUUCUCUGACUGCACAUCAAGGAUUGGUGCUGGAGGUCAGCUGAGGAGGAGUCCCCUUAAAGAAGAGUGUGUGUGCCAGGAGCUGGGUAUGUGUGUGGGUAUAGAUCUAGCCACCAGUGGUACUCUCAAGACAGAGAUGGCAGUGCCCCCGGAGCUCUUUGUCACCCCAGCUUCCAGGCUGAACUCCUUCGUGGCUCACUGCCUGCAUCCCAGCCAGAAGUGGAAAAAAGAGGUGUUGGAGACUGUGCAGACCGUGGAGCAGUUCCUGAGGGAGCAGAGCUUCCAGGGGGAGCAAGGGCUGGACCAGGAAUCGGGGGUGCUGAAGGUGGUCAAGCUUUGUAAGCAAGGCCCCUCUUUAGGAAGACAUAAUCCCUUCUCUGUAGAAAACAUGAAAGACCUGAACAAAUCAAGAUUUCUCCAUGGAGAAUUCAGCUAG